GUGGUAUCACUAGAAUGACGAAAAGCAAGCUCAUUACUUCUAAUUUAUAGUCCCAUUAGGAUUUUCACCCUUUGGUUUUCCCCUAGUGGUGAUUGCAAUGCGACGUCGCGGCACCGCCUUUUUGGCUUCUUUUUUACGCCACGCGACUAUCCGGCCUGCCCUUUCAAACAACCACGACUCCCGGCCUCAACCCAUACACGACAACUUAUAUAGAUUUGCUAUUGAUUAUGAUCACAAGGCGAUCGUCUCGGACUCGCAUUUGAAUCCUAUCCAAUCGAUUUUUUUUUCCAAAAGGUACUUUAGUGGGUCGUUUUUGGCACCCCUCAUGACCUUUGCCAGCCUUUUUCUACUAUUGUAUACCUUUCUCUGUCUUGUUGGAUCAUCGAUUGGGGAGUCUUAUCACAAGCUGUGGUUUAAGGAACCCCAACAAGAACUCGAGGAUGCAGACCAAUAUUUUUUACCAGAGGACAUCGAUGCCAUGAUUCUGGACAGAGAAGAGGAAGAUUAAAAAUAAAGUUUGCCUAUGCAUCGUCUUUUCUACCCUAAAUACACACACAAAUAAACACCAAAAUAUUUUUUAUUUUAAUGACUGUGGGAACACUCAUCCGAACUAAAGUUUUAUGUAUUUUACCCACUGCGCCAGAAUAAAAAAGACAUAUUCUGAGCAAACGCUAUGGUUUGGUUUUUUCAUCACUCGAUAGUCGGGUAAACAUGGCAAUUCUAAA